GCUGGCCUAUCCUAGCCCUGGCUUGAGAAUAAGAGCCUCAAUCUCAAACACAUUGAACACUUUAUUUUGAAUGAAUGUGAUAAGAUGUUUGAACAGCUCAACGUGGGUCAUGAUGCCCAGGAUAUUUUUCUGCAUGACACCGCCAUGAGAAGCAGGUCAUGAUGUUCAGGGCUACCUUGAGCAAAGAGAUCUGUCCAGUCCGCCACAAGUUCAUGCAAGAUCCGGUGGAGAUCUUCAUGGAUGAUGUGAAGAAGUUGACACUGCAUGGGUUGCAGCAGUACUACAUGAAACUAAAGGACAACGAGAAGAAUCAGAAGCUGUUUGAUCUUCCGGAUGUCCUUGAGUUCAACCAGGUGGUGAUCUUUGUGAAGUCUGUGCAUCGGCACAUUGCCUCAGCCCAGCUACUGGUGGAGCAGAACUUCCCAGCCAUUGCCACCUACCAGGGGGAUGCCCCAGGAGCAGAGGCUUUCUCAGUAUCAGCAGUUCAAAGGUUUUCAGUGGCAAAUUCUUGUGGCUACUAACCUACUUGGCUGAAGCAUAAGCAUUAAGUGGGUGAACAUGGCUUUUAAUUAUGACACGCCUGAGGACUCUGACACCUGCCUGCAUUGAGUGGCCAGAGCAGGUCGGUUUGGCACCAAGGGCUUGGCUAUCACAUUUGUGUCCACUGAGAUUGAUGCCAAGAUCCUCAAUGAUGUGCAGGAUUGCUUUGAGGUCAACCUUAGUGAGCUGCCUGAUGAGCUCGACAUCUCCUCCUACUUCGAACAGACAUGGUAGACGACUCCCCCAUUGUGGAAGGUGACCAUCUAUCCUUCAUAAGAGGACACUAGGGAGGGGGUGAAGGAGACAACAGUGCCUCCACCCCUGACAGCCCACACCCCAUGGCUUCCUUCUUCUGCAUCACUACCACUCCUGAACCCCCAUUUCUGACAUGUCAGAAUGCUUUUUAACAAAACUAAAAA